AUUACUGUUCGUGAAAGUUGUUUAGAGCUCCCAGCAUGUUUCUGAUCAGCUUUAUAGUUCUUCUAGCAUUUUCGCCGACAAUAAAUGCAAAUCUAAACAUAACUGAAAAAAAUUCAGAGGUUUUAGAAUCAUGGAUAAAAUUAGAUAAAACUGUCAAAGAAACUACACAGUCAGUGAUAAAAUAUUUGAUGCCUAUGAUCGUGAAGUCAUCUAGUCAAGUGAAUCUUUCUUCCAGUUGUGUAAAACAAAGUCUUCAGCUUGUGUCUGGUUUACGCAGUCUCAAGAAAUGGGCUUUUAGUUUUGUGGAUUCAAGUGCUAAAACGUUCGAUGGAAUUCUAAGCGGAACGUUGUCUUCGUUUGGAGAGUACGACCAGUGCCUGGAAACCACCGUGUUUCAUCCAAGAAAGAAAGAUGAAGUUAUGUUUCAAGGUCAAUACUGUAUGGUUCAGCUGAGACUUCCGUUGCCUCCCAAGUCGAAAAGAUACAGGUUAUACGAUCAACUCGAGGAACUGAAGACUUUCAAUGGAACGGAAGUUAUGGAAUAUCUUUCUACUCGAGCUCAUUUAAUGUAUUAUUAUCCAAUGAAAGUAGGAAUUUGCAUUCCCUCAGGCUGCUCUGAAAAUGAUUUACAGAACAUUUUAACUUUCGCCACUCAAAAACUGGACAUGGACGCACAAAUACCAUACUGCGAAAAGAAAGAAGAAAAAUCAAUGCAUUGGAUACAAAUUUUUGCUAUUGUAAUUAUUUGUUGCUUGGCCUUACUUGUCUUUGAUGGAACUUGGCUGGAAAUGCGUACUGAUCCCAAAAGCGCUAAUUUAGACAAAAUUGACCGGUUCCUUUUGUGUUUCUCCGCAAUCGGCAAUUUCAAGCGUCUCUUCAACACCAAAACCUCGACGGAUCAAUUUAGUUGCAUUCAUGGACUUCGAUUUCUAACCAUAACUUGGGUAGUCUAUGGGCAUGCGUAUCUAUUUCCCGGAUUUCAUGUUUCGAACUAUCGAUCCUUAUUCCGUAUACCAGAAACCGCUACAGAACCCGCAGCUCAAAUGAUCGUAAAUGGAUCGGAAGCUGUUGACACGUUUAUUUUUAUUGCGGGAAUGCUUGUGAGUUACGUGACUAUAAAAAGAAUAAAAGUGGAAAAGAAGAAAUUUAAUUACUUCGCAUUUGUUUUUCAUAGAUACUGGAGAAUCGCUCCAGUUACCUACUUCGUGCUUUUGUGUAGUUUUCUAAUUCCUCUUAUGGGUUCUGGUCCUAUUUUCCACGAAAUACUGCAGCAUUCUAUUUAUCCUUGUUUUCAACAAUGGUGGAGAAAUGUGCUUUUUAUCAAUAACUAUUUCGAUUCUUAUCAAUCGUGUUUGAAGAUGACCUGGUACGUAUCCUGCGAUCUUCAACUUUAUCUGAUCUCCGUAAUUGUCGUGUUGCCUCUGAUUUGGUUCAAGAAAAUAGGAGUAAUGAUAAAUAUUUCAAUUGUAGCAUUAUCAAUUAUCUAUACAGGAAUCGUAACGUAUCUUUUUGAUAUGGCACCAUCUGUAUUAGUUACUCAUAUGAAUCCAGAAGAUGAAUACUACAUGUUCGUCUACUCUUAUGCUAACACGCUUUGUCGAGCUGGCCCGUAUUUCAUUGGUGUUUUUACUGGAUAUCUUUUGAUUACGAAGCCUAAUAUUAAAAUUUCUAAGAAAUUCCAAAUCAUUGGAUGGUGUCUGGCAACUUUAUCCAGUGGAAUGAUUAUAUUUGUGACAUCAAUUUGGUACACAGUACAUCAUCCUACUCCCUUAGAGGGUUUAUUAUAUGCAGCUACUUACAAAGUUGCAUUUACAUCUGGAGUUGCCUGGAUGACUUUCUGUUGUAUAACAGGCUAUGGAGGUUUCAUCAACACAUUUUUGUCAUGGAAAGCAUGGAUACCUUUAGGCAGACUCGCAUUUCUCACAUACUUAAUUCAGCCUAUUUUUCAAGCGAGUUACAUGGCUAACUUCAGAACUAUUCAGGAAUUUACACAUCUGCAUUUUGUCAUCCAAUAUUUUGGAUACCUCUGCAUUUCCAUGCUUUUGGCAUUUGUCGGUAACUUACUUGUAGAAUCACCUUUCUUAAAUUUAGGAAAACUACUUUUUGAAUCGAAGCUUGAAAGAGCAGAUAAACCAGAAAUGAAUGACCACACGAAUAUUGGUUUUGAUAAUAGUGACGUAGAAAAAGUGAAUCGACAUGUGGAAAUGCUGCCAAAUGAAAAUGGCAUAACAAACAUGGAAUAUUACAAAAACAAUCAAAAUGAAAAGUCUGAAUUGUGAAACUUUGCUUGCUUUCAAGUUGUUCUUGUGCAUUUCGCAUGUCAGUAUUACAAGAUCGAUUAAGCAACACAUUUGUACGCAUAUCAGCGAACUAGUCAAUUGUUUUUGGAAGGGAUAAAUAAUGAUAUCCUCCGAUUUAUAAAGCUCUCUAUAUAAUUAAUCUAUAUGUUUAUAAUUAUAUUUUAAACCACAUGAGGAUACUACUGGAAAUUUAUUUCUAAUAUUGAUUUGGUGAUUAAACUUUUCCCCAGUACAAAUCAGCUGUAUUUAUAAAUAUGGAAAUAUUUGAAACAGCAUUUUGGAAUGAAAUGUUUUUCGCAAAAUUUUACAGAAAAUACAAGAAAAAAUUCUAAUUCCUUAUUGAAUUGUAAAUAAUCUGUUGUAUAACCUAAUGCAGUUGCUUCCGAUUUUGAAAUACAAAUUACGUAUUUAGGAAUUUGAAGUACGGAAUCCGAAAGUAAUAAAAUGAUUGGUGGUUCCUAACUGCAUUGCCGCAAGCAAUUUAGACUAAUACAUUAAAUCAAAAGAAAUCCUAAAUAAAAAUUUUAAUUUCAGAGCAAAAUUAAAUUUAUUUUUAAAAUGAACCCGAAUUUUAAUAAAAGCCAUAUUUUCAGCUUCUCUAACAUCAUGAUAUGCUACUAAACUCGUGAUUGUCCUUGGUAAGUUACUUUGGCUAGUCCAAAAUCUUUUAUGACCUUGGCCUGAGUCGAAUCAUGUUUCAUCUAUGCCAUAUUGCAAGAAGUAUGUCCGAAAAUUAGAUGUUUUAAAAUUAUUUGCCUACUUCAAAGCGAAGAGCAAAGAAUGUAACGAUUUUCAAGCUAUAUUUAUGCUUUAUUUUCAUUUCAUUUUUUAUUAUUAUUCCGCUAAAGAAUAAUAAGAAAGCUGCUCCACUUCAAUAAUAACAAAACAAGACGAGUGUCUACCUGUGUUAUGAGUUCGAUACUUAUCGCAUUCUAUAGUUUCGAAAAUCCUGCAUUGGGAACUAUGACCAUUUUGAGCAAUAUACGAGAUUUAAAUGGAUAUGAAGCACAACCAGAUUUCAUGGCAACUUACAACAGAAUUCAUGGUCUCAAAUAAAAAAAAAAAAAAAAAAGUGCACUCAGGUCAGAUUUGUCAUAAUGAAAAUAUUUCAGCUGAGAUCGAAAGUCGAAUAUUCAAGUAAGGGUAAACUCAAAAAUGCAACCUUAGUUUGAAUAUUUUCAAAUAGAUUAUGUUCUCAAGUGACUCAUUCGGUUUUUUUCUUGGCAUCUCUGUACUCAAUGCUAGGAAGUAAAAAUAUACAAGCACCCUAUAUUUUCCGCGUCGUACAGGAAAUGAUAAAAGUGAAUUAUAGUGUACCCCCUGCUACGCCAAUAGUGCCAAGUCGCCAAUAAAGAUGGCGGACAAAAUAAACAAAUACUUCCGCGGAACAGUUACGAUUAUUAUUUCCCUCCCUAUAAUUAGGACUUUUUACUGAUAAGUAUUGUUUUUCGGCAUCUGUAGAAGGCACCGGGCAGAAUUUUUUAACUUUAAAAAAAAACAUCCUAAGGCUUCGCUAGCAGCGGGAGCGGGAAACUAGUAGCUUCGUUAGCACAUUGAACAUAAGGACUGUGGGGAUAACAGAAACAGUACAUAACCGAAAGAACGGAGGAAAAAGCAAUUGGAACAUUCUCCAUACAAAAUUUCAAACAAAUAUCAUUUUCCCAACUUCAUCAACUCGUAAAAAAAUAUAUUCCACUCACCCUUCAUCCAUUCUGCCAGUUCGAUAUCAAACCAUUCUCAAUACAAAAUUUCAAACAAGCAUCCUUUCCUAACUUCAUCAACUCGUUAUAUAUAUAUACUAGCCGCCUUUGGCGACCAGCCGGUUCGCCAAUCUUAAUGUUCGUUAAAAUUUUAAUAAUUAAAUAUUUUAUGCAAUUUCUACUUUAAUAGCUUCUUCAUCAAAAUAUUUUAAAACUUCAAAUUUUGAUUAUCAUAUAAUUCAUUCAUAAUAUUAUAAAGGCCUUCAGUCAUAACGUAAUAUGUAUCUCUCUCAUUUUCUGUUAG